UUUACACGUGUCUUCAUGCAACAACAAGCAAAAUCAAGACGAAUUGCCCCAAUUCCUCGGUAGCUUUGAGUUUUAAUAAGAGAUAGUGAAUUGCUUUUUUUUUUUUUUUUUUUUUUUAAUUGGAGGACUGCGACAACAUUUAUAAUAGAAAAGUAAUAUUGUGUAGCUACUUUCUUUGCAAGCUAGCCUAGCUCGACUCGAGUUUUUUUUGGGGGGGUAGAAAUUGAUUGCAGUGUCUUUCAGUGCUAAACCACACUUGGUUUGUUGGCGUGAGUUUACCAGCAUCUCUGUCUGUUUGUUGUCGAGACAAGAGGAGUGCCAACGCCUUUUUCUGUCUUUCUGCCUGGGCGAAAAUUAUCUUGAAAGCACCCCCCCCCCCCAAACAACUUAUGAACGGUAGCUGCCAUUCAAACCAGAUCUUGAAGAAACCUCAAGUAAGUGGUUAAAAAUGGGUUGCACGAUCAGCCAAGAGGACAAAGCGGCGAUGGAAAGGAGUAAAAUGAUUGAUCGGAACCUACGAGAAGACAGAGACAAAGCGUCCAGGGAAGUGAAACUUCUGCUACUUGGUGCUGGGGAGUCUGGGAAAAGUACAAUAGUGAAGCAGAUGAAGAUCAUCCAUGAGGCCGGCUACUCUGAGGAGGAGUGUAAACAGUACAGAGUGGUGGUGUACAGCAACACAAUCCAGUCUAUCAUCGCCAUCAUCAGAGCCAUGGGACGCCUAAAGAUAGACUUUGGGGACGCCACACGAGCGGACGAUGCCCGUCAGCUGUUUGUAUUGGCUGGUACAACGGCAGAGGGUGUGAUCUCAUCAGAUCUGACCGGUGUGAUACGGAGACUGUGGAUGGACAGCGGUGUCCAGACCUGCUUCCUGCGUUCCAGAGAGUACCAGCUCAACGACUCUGCCUCCUAUUAUCUGAAUGACCUGGACCGUAUCACCCAACAGAGUUAUGUCCCCACCCAGCAAGACGUGCUGAGGACCAGAGUCAAGACUACUGGCAUCGUGGAGACACACUUUACCUUCAAAGAACUUUACUUCAAAAUGUUUGACGUUGGCGGCCAGCGGUCGGAGAGGAAGAAGUGGAUCCACUGCUUUGAGGGAGUGACCUCCAUCAUCUUCUGUGUGGCGCUCAGCGACUAUGACCUGGUUUUGGCAGAGGACGAAGAGAUGAACCGUAUGCAUGAGAGCAUGAAGCUGUUUGACUCCAUCUGCAACAACAAGUGGUUCACAGACACCUCAGUCAUCCUGUUCCUCAACAAGAAGGAUCUGUUUGAGGAGAAGAUCGGCAGGAGUCCACUCACCAUCUGUUACCCCGAGUACGCAGGUGCCAGUACAUAUGAGGAGGCAGCAGCCUAUAUCCAGUGUCAGUUUGAGGAUCUCAACAGGAGGAAGGGCACUAAAGAGAUCUACACCCACUUCACCUGCGCCACCGACACCAAGAACGUCCAGUUCGUGUUUGACGCCGUCACAGACGUCAUCAUCAAGAUCAACCUCAAGGAGUGUGGACUCUACUGAGGUGACAGGGAUCUUCAAGUGUCUGGUGAUUCUCAUGGGAGGGGAUGAUGACUUGGGAUGUUUGCAUGAGAUGAUCGUAGAAGAUUCUAGAAAGUAGAACCGGAGACUGAGACUGUUCGUUACCACACUGCAUGCAGCACCUGAUGAAUGCUGCAUUUUGGGAUUUGGUUCCUGUUUUUUUUUUCUCCGAGAGGAUUUUCCUCCAUGUUCAACACUCUGAUGCACACCGAGGAGCAGGACAGAACUGAACUGUGGAUAAAAUCUUCACUAGUGAAACACUCCCUGUGACGUCUAUGGGAACUGCCAAGUCCGACUACAGAGCACUUCUGUUUUUAAGUUCCAGAUCAUGUAUAUGGAGUGAAGUGAUGUUUUUAUGACAUUUAGUUGGUGAUUAACCAACAAAUCCCACAGAUAAUCCUUGGCUAGUUCCCAAAUGGCAACCUAAUUCCUUAUGUAGUGCACUAUUUUUGACAUUCCCUUCUCUUCAUUCCAGUGCUCACAUCUAUAGAUUGACACACUACUGGUAUAUAUGAAACAAAAAGGACCCAAUCAUCAAGCUGAAUAUCUCUCAUCGUAAUAUUUCACAAUUCCUUAUGUUUAUUUUUUUCACCAAUCUGUUUUGCAUUCGUUCACUGAGUCAUAUGCCUCAUUUAAUUUCCAAUUUAAAAGUAAAAACAUGUAUUUUAUAGCAUGUUAUUUGUAUACAGUAGUUGAAAUAGUUUAUUUUUCAUUUUGGUAUUUCUUUAGAUUAUCAGAUAGAAAUAAAUGCGAUCUAUGAGUAUGGUUAAUGGUCUGAAGUUGGCGUAUGGAUCAGGAAUUCAUGUGAUAGAUUUGACCUGCACCUACUCCAUGAAUUUAAUAGUCUUGUGUCGACUUUAACAUGAGGUUUCACUUAGGCUACAAUCCUUAUUUCUGAUUCUUCAAAAUAAAAUAAAAAAUGGAGAAAAUGGA